UCUAACCAAAACGCUAACCGCGUCUGCGUUUCUUAAAACCCUCUUAACAAUAUUCUCUACCUGACGAAUCCAAAAAACCUUCGUUGAAUUUGCCUCCAAGAAAUCUCCAAUCAGAUAUUUCCAUUUCCGCCGUCAUCGUCGUAGGAAGAUCAGCUACUUCCGCCUCGCCGCAUCUUAAGAGUCAUGAACACGCCGCCGACUUCUCGCGUCGCAUCUUUUGGUCAGACGGAGAUUAACUGGGACAAGCUUGAUAAAAAGAGAUUUUACGUAAACGGAGCAGGACUCUUCACCGGCGUAACAGUAGCACUCUACCCUGUCUCCGUCAUCAAAACAAGGCUCCAAGUCGCUUCCAAAGACAUCGCUGAGAGAAGCGCCUUCUCUGUUAUCAAAGGCAUUCUCAAAAACGACGGCGUUCCUGGUCUCUACCGUGGUUUCGGCACCGUGAUCACAGGUGCUGUCCCCGCUAGGAUCAUAUUCUUAACUGCAUUGGAGACGACGAAGAUCUCUGCUUUCAAGUUGGUUGCGCCUUUGGAGUUGAGUGAGCCUACGCAAGCUGCUAUUGCUAAUGGGAUUGCUGGGAUGACGGCUUCUCUUUUCUCACAGGCCGUGUUUGUACCUAUUGAUGUUGUUAGCCAGAAGUUGAUGGUGCAAGGGUACUCAGGUCAUGCUAAGUAUAGUGGUGGUAUUGAUGUUGCUACGAAGAUUAUUAAGUCGUAUGGUGUGAGGGGAUUAUAUAGAGGGUUUGGUUUGUCUGUUAUGACUUAUUCUCCUUCUAGUGCUGCUUGGUGGGCUAGCUAUGGAUCUAGUCAGCGUGUUAUUUGGAGACUCUUAGGAUUUGGUAGUGACUCGAAGGCUACUGUUGCUCCUAGUCAGUCAAAAAUUGUUCUUGUCCAGGCUUUGGGAGGAAUCAUCGCAGGUGCAACAGCGUCCUCCAUCACAACACCAUUGGAUACAAUCAAAACGCGGUUGCAGGUGAUGGGACACCAAGAAAAUAGACCAUCAGCGAAAAAAGUGGUGAAGGAUCUGAUAGCACAAGAUGGGUGGAAAGGGUUCUAUAGGGGUUUGGGUCCAAGAUUCUUCAGCAUGUCCGCUUGGGGAACCUCCAUGAUAUUGACUUACGAAUACCUAAAGCGUCUGUGUGCAAUAGAAGAUUAG